GAAGAAUCGGCGCAGUCCGCGUUGAACUAUAUAGCAAACGGAUGAGCCUAAUUUGCUAGACGGAUAGUCAUUUUUCGAACUUUACAUUAUUGGGAAUAUUGUGUCUGUGUAUAUUUUAAUGAUAAUACCAUACUUGAUAAAUUUAUGUCUUUAUCUUGAAUAAACACGAUAUUUUGUCCUGUUGAUUAAACACGUUCGAAUAGUGAAGUUUCCACUAAACCAUAAAGAUUCAAAAAAAAAAAAAUUAAAAAAAUUGAACACAGCAGGUUUUUUGCCCCGAUAUUCUAAUCAUGGAUAGCUGCAAAUUAAACUGCGAAAAAACAACUCAAUUAUCAGAAAUUCAAUCAUUUUACAAUGAUACGACAAUAUUUUUAACAGGUGGUACUGGAUUCAUGGGAAAUUUAAUACUGGAUAAAUUAAUUAGGACUUGUUCAGGAGUGAAAAAGAUUUAUCUUUUAAUCAGAGAGAAAAAAGGAAAAACUACAGAAGAAAGAUUCAAGGAACUCUUCAAUGACCCUGUAUUUGAAUUAAUGAAAAAAGAAAAACCGAACUUUUUGGAAAAAAUCACUGCAGUUAUCGGUGAUUGUGCUUUGCCAAACAUGGGGAUCGAAGAAAAAUAUAUCAACAUUAUUAAAGACGAAGUAAACAUAGUAAUACACUCUGCUGCUACUGUACGAUUUGACGAACAUUUAAGAAUUGCUGUCAAUAUUAAUAUAAUUGCCUUACAAGAUAUAUUGAAAAUUAGCCAAAAAAUUAAAAACUUAAAAGCUUUCGUUCACAUUUCAACUGCUUAUUCUAACUGUGCUGGAAGGGAAGUUGUGGAUGAGAUUUUCUACAAACCACCUAUAACUGGGGACAAGUUAUUACAGGUCGUUAACGGUCUGGACGACGACUACAUCACUAGAAUUACACCUUCUUUACUAGGGGAAUGGCCAAAUACAUACUCGAUGACAAAAGCGAUUGCCGAGGGCGAAAUAGUGACUUAUGGCAAAGGGUUGCCAAUUGGAGUUAUUAGACCGUCAAUGAUUAUCGCCACCGAUAACGAGCCUGUACCUGGAUGGAUCAACAAUUUCUAUGGGCCAACGGGAGUUGUAGCAGCCACCGGCAUUGGUCUCAUGAGAUGCAUGCAUGCCGAUUCAAGUAAAACUGCCGAUAUCGUGCCUGGAGAUUACGUUAGCAAUGCUGUGUUGGCUUGUGCUUGGGAUAUUCACAACCAAUGGAAUGAGCAUAACACCUCUAAUGAAAUGAAAGCUGAUAACUCAGAAAAAGAAACAUUAAUUGCACCUAUUUACAAUUUCGUGUCAUCUAGUGCCAACCCAUUGACAUGGGGAGAAUUUUCAAAAUUGAACAAAAAGUAUGGAUGUGAAGUGCCUUCUGUAAAAGCGAUUUCACCAAUUCUACUGAGAUUAUCCAAAAAUAAAUACGAAUACCAAAUUUUAUGUUUUAUUCUCCACAUCAUACCCGCAUUUAUAAUUGAUUCUUUAGCCAAACUCGUCGGAAAGAAGCCUCUAUUAAUGGACGGAUAUAGAAAAAUGCACAAAUUCUCCGAUGUCAUAUCUUACUUCAGUUUAAAAUCGUGGACAUUUAACGAUAAUAAUACGAGGUCUUUGAUACAAAAGUUAUCCAAAUUAGAUCAGACACUUUUCAGGUUCGAUCUAACCAAAUUGAGUUGGAAUGAAUAUUUCAAAAAACACGUAAUUGGUAUUCGAAUGUAUAUUGUAAAAGAUCCAAUGGAAACAUUAUCAGAAGGAAGAAAAUGGAAUCAAAAAUUAUGCAUUGCUUACUACACAUUAUUAUCCGUUUUAGCUGCGUCAUUCUUAUUGAUACUGUAUGGAAUUUGUAAUUUGUUUGUAUAACAAACGGCUUUUAUUUGUUAACUCCUAGAAUCUCAUAAUCAACUGUACAGUACUACAGUCUAAUCUAAUUACUAUACGUCCAUAUUCAUUGUUCAAUAUUUUACCUACAAUAUAAUAUUAUAAUGACUAAUGAGCA